AUGGAUAAACUAAAUAAAUCACUUGAAUUUUUAAAAUUACUUUCAAUAACAACAUCAGAAACAUUAAUAAACAAAUAUUCUAUGACGGUUUGCCAAAUUAGCAAAUGUAAUACAUCCGAAAAAGAUUCAACCAUUUUAUCAGAAUAUUAUGAACUUAUUUUUCGUAGUCUUGGUCGAUCGAUUAAUGAUAAAGAAAUUAAAGUAAUUAUUCAAUUACUUCGUUAUUCAAAUUUAUUUGAUUUUGAUCAAUUAUUAAUUUCAAUUCAAAUUGGAUCUAUAGAAAAAACUUGUGUUAGUGAAGCCUUAAAAACAGCUUAUUCAACAUAUCAACGUUGA